AAUCUGGCCUCUGGUUGCACUUUGGCCACCCUUGCCACCACCACUCAAUGCCAAAGUUGCUUUGUUCCAACCAUGAACACGCAUCUCAAGAUGAUCACAUCGAAGUCGCGACAGAAAUUCGUCCAUUCCAGACCCAUUCCGUUAGAAGUCGACUCGGACUCUGACUUUAACCCUGGCUCAUUUUCAUAUGAGCCACCCAAAAGGGGGCGAAGGUCGAAAGGUAGGUCAAUGUCACCGAAGACCUCGCAUGGUUCCGAGGGAAGGACAGGCAGGGGCUCAGUACUAGAGGGAAUCAAGGCGCCAAAAGGGAAUAGAGGGAAGAAAGCUCCCAAAUCGUCUGCUAUAACGUAUCACAAUCCACUCGCGCAAUAUUUCAAGGAUCUCGAUCUUCAUUCUGCAUCGGAAGACGAAGAUGAAGACAAAGCUAACGACGAGAACGAUACGGAUGAUGAGUUGCAGGGACAGUCAGGGACAGCAGAGGAAGAUGAUGAAUCACCAAUCCUUCUAAAGACCUGGGCUGCUUUAAUGAAGCCUGAUAAUAGCAACAAGGAAGCCACGGAGGAAUCUGUGACAGGUAUGAUCUUUAAAGGCACGUAGACUUUGUACCUGAGCAAUGCUUGUCCCAGAGCCGGAGACAGAGGAAGAACUGCAGUCAGCCCCAGAAGCACAGCCGGUUCCCUUAGCUUCUUCAGCGAAACGAAGAUCCUCGCCUUCGCUUGGGGCCCAUCCUCCACUGGCAAAGAAGCCCAAGCUCGACAACUUGAGUGAAUCAGUCACAGAGUCGGAGACGGAGUCUGAGAGUGACGUGGACUCA